CAUACUUUCUUGUAUUAGCAAAAUCCCUUGAAACGUUUUAUACACCUUUUUUUAAGUGCGUGCAUGAGCUGGAGACGAACAAAAACGACCUAAUACAAAAGACAAACAUUUGCCCUCUUGCAAAAGUUAAUCCUUUGAGGCAAACAUUCCCUGCCUUCCCCUCAGACAAUAACAAUGACAUGCAAAUAUGCACUCUUACUUGGCGACCGAAUUUAAAUUUUACAAAAUCAAUAUCAGAGGAAAAAAGAACGACUGACUGAAAAAUCCUCUUUUAGAAAAAAAACUUCACAAAAUAAGAAAUUUAAGAUUACUAAACAAACUCCCCAUUACACUUUGUAAUUUUCAGCCGUCAUUUUCGAACACACGUCGCGAUGAUCUCUUGUUCCCGAAAGUAAACCUAAUACACGACAGUCACGCUUUAAUUCUCGCGCACGCAGUUCGUGUCACGAGAUCUUGCUACUAAUAGAUCGUUCUAACAUUACAAGUCACAUUUCGACUGGAAUACAAAAAGCCAACACUACAAAAGGAUCUGACGAAGAAAGCUGCUAGCUCUUCAAUCCUGAGAGCGGAAGAAUGCGCUCGAAUUUUCUUCGCUACGCGUCGUUUGUCUUAGUUCUACUGACAAAGGUGCCUCGUUGCAGUGAGGCCCUCAGAUGUUAUGCGUGUGUAUCUUACAUAUCUUGGGAGGAAUGCAAUGCAAAAAUGGAACUCAUAGAUUGUCCUGAUGGGCACGACGAAGUUUGCAUCAAAGAACAUCUAGUGCGUUACAAGGAACUCACUGGAGAUGAAUACGAGGAACUUUUUUCCAGAACUUGUGGUACGGCAGAUUUGUGCACAAACAAAAACUGUGAAAAAUAUGGAGCGCGGUGCGACCCUAAAUGCUGUCAUGAGGAUCUAUGCAAUACAGCUAGCACGGAACUAUCAACUCGAACAAUGUUGGUGACGAGACUGAUGUUCGUGAAUUUAAUCGCCAUAUUUCUUUCAUGAAACCACUCCAACGAAUAUAUCACCUAUUUAAUCCUUUAAAGGAGACUGGGGCAUUUUACCCGUAGGGGAAUAAAUUUUCAUUUGUAAAUGGUCAUGGCGGGUACCUCGCGGAUCACUCAACUUAAAGACGUAGGUGUAAAGUUUUAAAACGACUCGCAAUUCUGUACUAAUGUCACUGCAUAUUGCCACUUCUUAAGACCUGUCAGGCUUUAAUCACCGACAAAACAUAUACCGCUAAGUAUUCUUUAUCAGGUCCGCGAGAAGUAUCAUACCACCUCCAACGUUUAAGUCAUCUUUUUCAAGAGACUCCGUUUCUAUGUCAACGAAAGUCCUAAGCUGUUAACGCAAUACACCGUUUCCAGAGAGAAACGGUCACAGGUUUGCUGAAAGCGCCUCAACUCCCAUGCGUUUUUAACUUGAUUCCCAGUACUUUUCAAAAUUAAGUAUCAUUGUUGACCUAUUCUGCAAAGUAGAGGGGAACAUGAAAAGAAGAAAAACUCCCCAGUUGAUUACCUCAACGAAGAAACUGGAAAGAGUGCACAACGAUGAUUCAAAAUGCCUGUCAUUGACAUUAUCAUACCCAGCAGCGGUGCAGUAAAUGCUGUCACUCAGAUUAGAAGCAAAAGUGGUGAUCUGGAUGAGGAAAAGUGCCAAGGCAAUAAAAAAAAUUCAAAGACAGGUUUCCAACAGGAAGAAAACUAUGUCCGGAAAGCCACAGGUUGAAGGUCAUUUCCUUUGUUUUUAAUUUCUGAGAGAAACUUUUCAUAUGAAGAUUGUUUUAGCCUCCAAAUUUAACAACAAUUAAUUUGAAUCAUGCAUGCAAAUAGUCUCUCGUCAAAAGAACCCGGAAAUAGUCCAGCUUACGUUCUGUCCUAAUGAUAAAACAUACUGAAAGUGAACGAAACUUUACCAUAAACCAACAAACUAUCAAUAAAAUGGAUAUAACCUAGUUAA